CAUUUAUCAGUCUGUCCCAUAUUCCACUGCUCGGAGCCACCUUUGGCAUGUGAAGCACCAGAGUUGCCACUAUGGCCGGGCUUGCCCCUGUCCUUCUCGCGAGAGAUACCUAGGUACACUUGCUACCCAACAACCUCCUCCAUCACACGGCUAUCUAUCCGCUAGACUCGGAUACCUUUUUGCGUAACCGCGCCGCACUGAGGCAUUAUGCCGUGUGUCAGCUGUAGUUUCGGGCCUUUUGGAGGCAUUGCCUUGCAGCCGCCUGCCUCCACUGACCGACCUGUCCUUGCUUGCCGUCCUUGCUUUUUUAUCAGCGAAUGGAAACAUAUGUGCCCAAGAUCUCGUACUACCUUUCCUUCUCUCUCAUGCCGUAGCACCAUUAAGAUCACCUCCGAUAUUAUUGGCAUUAUAUUUUGGAAGGUUCUUCCUUAUAUUAAACGUCCCAGAUCGAAAGAUAAUCGCAGGAACCAUCAACAAGGCCACGGUCCAGUUUGCGAUCCGCCAGCACUUAAUACAUCAAACUUUGCCCAACAACUCCAUGGAUUAAGGCUGAUAUCUCUGGGUGGUGGACUGUUUGUCCUCUCUUGUUGGCUGUAUUCGAAACACUUUAUUUUGUCAUACUGCUUCAUCCUUCUGGUGGCGAUACCACAUUCGGCUCGGUCGUCGUUGACGGGAAGCCCGUUGAGGCAGCAGUCCAGCCUUCCCGCCUCAAAUCAACGGCCAAUCUUCGAUACUAUCCGAAAAUCCGGAAGCAAAUGUAGAAAAAAACUCGUCCAGAUCCAUCCCUGCCACCGCAUUGGACAAAAAGGGCGUCGAUACCGAAACUGGAUCCGCUCCACCCUCACUAUCACCUGUUUUCUUUGGAACGUCGCCCAUCGAGGCUGCUUAUGACAUAAUCAGUCAGUCCACUACGGUCAUCUCUGAAAAGACGUCAGGUCCCGCUACCAGAAUGGGCGAGCGCAAAGUCAGAACCUCGUUGAAAUUUCCAAAGCCUC